CUUAGUUCUACCAUCUGCCCUCUCAUCUCUUGAUCCUAUCUCUGGCAGUUUGAUCAAAUUUCCUUGAGCUAGACAUUCAAGUUUAUUUGCUACUUAUGGAAUUCCGAGCCAUGCAUAGAUGUGCUGUUUUUCUUCUUGCACUAAUUGCCUGCCAUUUAGUUCUCUCGGUCGAGGGAAGACAGCUAAAAUUAGUGAACAAAAAGGAGUUAAAGCAAAGCAGCCAGACUGACAACUCUGCGAUGCACAAUGAAGAUCAUCAACCAGCAGCCCCAAGUUACAUUCCUAAUGUUUCCCACCAUUCAGUAUCAGGAAAGAAAGAAGUAUUGCCACCCGCUAUACCAACUAAGAGCUCAGAUAUUGGUGAUUCACUUGCUGGGUACAAGGAUGAUUUCCGACCCACCACACCAGGGAACAGCCCUGGAGUUGGACAUCAGUUCGUAGAAGAUGAUGAAGACGUUGAGCAAAAAUCAGGAAGCUUUAGCCCGAGUAAUGACAGUCAUUCUAGUGCAGGAGGUAAAGAAGAUUUCCGACCUACCAACCCAGGACACAGCCCUGGAGUUGGUCAUGCUUUUCUAAUCAAAAAUUCAGAAACAAAUCCAUAGACAUGUAAAUUAAUGUUCCUCCACAGGUACUUCGAUUUAGGUAUAUUUCCUCAAUCUCCUAAAUUGUAAUAACUGGAUCAGAAAGAACCUGUUAGUUUGUUACUGUUAUGUAUUACAUUCACGUAGACUUGCAUGAGUCCUUGGUCUAAAGACAAGAGAUUCGAAUUCAGCUGUAAAAAAAUAAUUGCCCCGAAAGCAACCUGUUUGAUGCUUGUAACUAUCUAGUGAUCUUAUCCCUGUGUAUGUCACCAGGUGAUCAUGUGUAUA